UGGGUUGUGGAGCAGCACUGAGGGCUGAUGGGAAUUCAGUCUUUGGUGCUGGUGAAGGUGUUGUGUGGAUGAACAAAGUCGAGUGCAGAGGGAAUGAGAUUCACCUGUGGGACUGUCCUCUCUCCCUGAAUAACCACACUGACUGCUCCCACAAGAAGCUUGUUACACUCAACUGUGAAGAUGUGUCAGUGUCCACUACUCCUGCCACAACAGCAUCAGCUUCUCCUCCAAUUUCUCCUCCUGUGCACUCAACAUCAGUCUCUCCUCCACAAACUCCUCCACCAGUGUCUUCCCCAGUGCUUGUGAUUGUUCUGGGAGUUGUGCUCUUACUGCUCUUAGUGCCACUGCUUAUACUGAUUCAGCAGAACAGAGUGAUGAGGAGAGCUACCUCUAAGAGGAGACACGGGAUGGCGUCUGAGGCCGUUUAUGAGGAGAUUCAGCACAGACCCACAAAUAGAUUCAAUCUCUUCACUCAGAGGGGAAGUGUUGUUUCUACUGAACAUCAGUCUGGAUAUGAAGAUGCUGAUGAGCUUCUUUCAGAAUCUGUCGUAGAAGUUAAAACUGACUACUAUAAUGACACCACCUUUAAAAGUCCAUCAGAUGACAUACCAGGAGACUAUGACGAUGUCAUCAUUGUACCACAGUUCUGCAAUGAUAAAGCAGAAGGUGUUCAGGAGGAGUAUGAUGAUGUUAAGAAUGUCAGGGAAUAUAUGAGUGACAUUGACUAUGAUGAUGUGGAGGACAAUCCAAUAAAACAGGGAUGGACUGAAUCAUUUAAACCACACCCACUGCCUCAAAGCAGCGUUUUAAGUGGCCUGCAGAGUUUAAGUGUUUAAGUUCUAUAUACUGUAUUUUAGC